UGCACUUGAAAAUACCUGGAAAAGUAAGGUAAGGCAUGGAUGCAUAGGAAGGAAAGAACUGUUUCUGAUGGGUAACCACCUUAUCUAGAAUAACAGUUCAGAGCAACCUCAUCUAGUGUGUGGCAAUCCUGUCCAUGGCAGGAGGGUUGGAACUGAAUGAUCUUACAGAUCACUUACGAACUAAACCCUUCUAUGAUUCUAUGUUCUAUGAAUCACGAUGAAAUAGAAGACAGAGUAGGAAAUCAUUCUCAGCAGGAGAUGGAAACAAGACUUCAUAGGAUGAAAUAACAAGGAAAGUUUUCUUUUAAAACUCAGCUCUUAAUUCAGCAGAAAAUCAACAAUGACCAGCAUUCAACGGUUUCUGGUCCUUCAGGCUAAUAACUUCCCAUGAAGCCAGAUGUCUGAAGGACUACUUUGAAGCAUAAAGUAGAGCAGAGAGAAGGACAUUUCUCUGAACAUCAAAACACAUCCUCCUAUCAUAAGCAAAAAUAUCACUGAAUCCCGUCAGUAAAUCCAUGGAAAGGAGAGUUGUUUACCAUGUUAUCUCACUAUUUUCAUUUUUGUGGUCACCAUAUCUGACUGACAAAGUAAAGAGAACUGGUGAGCUUGGUUCAAGGUCUUUAUCUUGAACAAAAUCAGAUGAGAGCCAGGAAUGAAAACUGUGUAUGAGGCAAUACAUUACAAUUAUGAUCUCAAAAGGAAAGGGUUACGUCCUUCUUCCUCCUAUUCCUACUGUCAGAACUGUGUCCUCUGUUGUACCAGCAAAAAGCAUACUUCAGGCAUAUGGAGAACUGAAAUAAGGAUGGUGUCUGGGUUUGUGUCUGGAACAACCUCCUUAGGUUAAUGUGUUUGUGAAACUACAGCCUACAUCUCACAGCUGUAUGUAAAACAAGGAAGUGUGUAAGAUAAUGCAGAAAGACAGGAAAAAAUAAACACCAGUAGAAUUAAAGUCUCAGUUAGAAGUGGAUUGAAAAAAGCAAUCAAUUCACUCUGACAAAUUCAGGUGCUAAUUUCAGAACAAGCCAAUUAGUUAACCUGUCCUGUUGCCUCAGAGGAAGACAUGGGUUUUGCUGAAGCCACCCCAGUGCUGUAUGGAUCUGGAGAUUCAUACAGCUGGGGUGACGUGGGAAGACCCGGUCAAAGCCUCAGACACUGCUGCAAAGUGCCGACAGCGAACAGACACAAUAUAGGGAACGGAACAGACAGAGGCACUGCGGAAAACCCGGAUGCCAUUGCUGGGAUUGGAGUUCUGCAGAUGACGCUCGCCCGUUGUGACGUCACUGGCACCGCUCCCCUACGUGAGGGAUAGUGACAUACGCAGCAGGGGAUUGUGACCUCUUGGCCCUGGCUGCCUGUAGCCGGGCACAGAGUCUCUCACUCUGGCUUGUGCCCGCACUCCAGCCGAGCGUGUCCGUGAGGUUUGGAGUGAGGAGCAAGGAUAGCCUUGGUGCUGGUCUCGUGCUCUGGGAGCUGCCGACAGCCGCUCUCAGUGCUCGUCACUAGAGCUUCUUCCCCGCCCUGCCUGGCUCAGGCAGCCGGGGCACCCAGGAGCCCACAGCAGCAAAGGGAACCGCGUGACCCCUACUGCUGCAGCAGCGGGGUGAGGAGCAGCCCCUCAUCCCCUUCGCACUCCUGUCCACCCAGCAGCUGGACAGCAUGGCCACCGAGCUGGACCGUCGCUGCCCCAUUUGCCUGGACACCAUGGAUGACGCCAGCUACGUGAUGCCGUGCCUGCACCAGUUUUGCUUUGGCUGCAUCCAGCGGUGGGCUGAGAGCAGGCCCACGUGCCCCCUCUGCAAACGCAGGGUGGAGUCCAUCCUGCACUCGGUGCGUGCCGACGACAGCUUUCAAGAGGUUGUCGUCGGACAGCAGGUGAGGGCCAGGACAGCUCCGCACCACACAACAACAGCAGAAGAGCAGCCAGCGGCGGUGCCCGCCUGGGCGUCCAUUUCCCGCCAGCCUCCAGCUGUGCUCCAGCCACUGCUGCCCUGGCUGCACCAGGAGCUGGGGCAGCUCUUUGGGGCUGACCACAGGGCAGCCGCUGCAGCACAGCGCCGCGUCAUCUCUGGCCUGUGCUUCUUAGGUCUGGAUGAGGGAGCGCUGACUUUGUGGCUGCUAUGCUCCCUGCGAAGCCAGACCACCAGCUUUGUGCAACGGCUCGUCGUGCAAGCUGCAUAUGUGUGCAAUGGGCUGGUGCCACCCACUGGCCCGGAGGCCUCCCACGCUGCCACGGGACAGGAGGGCAGCCCCGCAGCUGCCCGUGGUGCAGCUGCCUCCCAGGCACAGACACCUGUCUCCGGUCCACGGCCCUCCAGCAGCACCGGUGAAGACAACGUUCCUGUGCCCUCAGCCGCUGCCCUCAGUGAGGGGCCCAGCCAGCCUCCAUCCCUCCCGGCUCCAUUGCGGACCAGCCAACAAGCAGCCCAGGAGGAGCCAGGGGAGGCAGUGCCGGGUCCCUCCAGCACCAACAGGGCCAGGGAGCGCUCACGCAGGGCGCCUCGGCGAGCCCCGAAGAGGAGGGCCCACGACUCUGAGGCCUCUGCACCUCCUGCCAAGAGGCCACCCCGCCGGCAGCGCUAGGACACCGCCCCAGCAGCUGGCGAGAACAGGGCCGGGCCUGCAGCUGGGGCACAACCAGCUGUCAGACCACAGAAUCACAGAAUGGUCUGGGUUGGAAGGGACCUCAAAGAUCGGCAAUCUCCAACCCCCCUGCCACA